AUGGUAUUGCCGCUCAUAAACCGGAUCGAGGCCAUUUACUACCCCGUUCUGGCCUGCGUUGGAGUGCCAGUGAACCUGGCGGCGAUUGUGAUCCUGUCCCAGGGAAAGUGCGGUCUCUCAGGAUGUGUCACUCGCUACCUGGUGGGAAUGGCAGCGGCCGAUCUCCUGGUCGUUCUAUCGAAUCCCGUGUUGAAAUGGACUCGAGAGUUUCAUUUUCAAGAUUCAUUUCUGUCCAUUACUCCGGUCUGCAGGCUCCUGACCGUGGCAGAGUUUGCAGCCAUCUUCACUUCUGUGUGGUUGACGGUCACCUUCACAUUAGAUCGAUUUGUGGCCAUUUGUUGUGAGAAAUUCAAGAGAAAAUAUUGCACCGAGAGAACGGCGGCAGUGGCGAUAGGGAUAGUGAGUGUGCUGGGCUGUGCGGAGAGCGCACCUUGGUUUUUCUUGUUUGAACACGUCUACAUUAUUAACAACGUUCCUUGGCAUUGUGUACCUUCCGAGACCUUCUUGCACUCCAUUGCAUGGGGCGCAUUUGAAAUGUCGCACUUCAUGUUAACCGCUUGUACCCCCUUUGUUUUCAUUUUAUUGCUCAAUAUUAUGACGGCCAGUCGUGUUUUAUCGGCCAGCAAAGUACGGCGGGCACUCCGGGGCCGGAGGGAUGGUGAGAACGUUGAGGAUGCUGAGCUGAAAAACCGAAAGAGGUCUGUCAUCUUGCUCUUCUGCAUUAGUGGUAGCUUCAUACUGCUCUGGGGGACAUAUGUUGGGCAUAGGUUUUAUGUGCGCAUUUCGGGCAAUUACGUUUAUACAUCCACAUCUGACCCGAGUUUUAUCGCGGAGCAUGCGUCGAGGAUGCUGCAGAUUCUGAGCACCUGUACUAACACAUGUAUUUAUGUCGUGACUCAGCGUAAAUUCAGGGCGGAGUUGCUGAGAGUAGUGACGUACCCAAGCAAAGCGAUCCUUAAACUGUGCAAGUAA